UAACAAUUAGAUGCGUUUUAUCUUCAUCAGCUGAUUUAAUCCAGGACAAUUUGACCCAGACUGCGUCAAAAAUUAAGAAAAAAUUUGCCAAACUGCCCUCAAAUUUUAGGCUUCUAUAAAUGUUUGAGUAAGCGUCGUGUCAAAGAGGUUCAGUCGCUAGGCUACAGACGGGUCAAGUCGUUAUGCAGCAGUUGGCUGCAUUACGAGCUCGUUCUUGGAAUCACGGUGGGAAUACCGCCGCCACAUUGGAAUCUUCCCAUCGAGGCCGGCAGACACGAGGCCAGGCGCACUGAUCGCGUAUAAAAAGGCCAACCGCCGGCCAGAUAUAAACACAGAGAGCGCUGAGCUGCCGCCGCCAGCACUGCAGCGCAGCCCCGCCCACCAGCGGAGGUCAGGACUGGUCGGUUGUACCCUGGGAGACCGGGACAUAUCGGACAGCACUCCGGUCAGAUCAGGACCACUGCCGAGUCACCAUGAGAGCCACUCUUCUUUGGACGGCCCUGCUGCUGUCGGCGCUAUGUUCGAACGGAGUCCGAGCCGCCCGCUGCAACUGUCAGCCGACCUGGCGAUGCCCGGAGGCGCGCGCCGCGGGCGCAAGAUCGUGCCGGGUGCGCGGCUACCUGCGGGGCUACUGCUGCCCGCAGAGCGGUGGCACUGGCACGGGCACAAGCGGUGGUUUGCAACGCAACUGCCGGCCGCUCGUGCUGUGCCCGGCAGCGGUGGCUGACCCGGCCAGCUUCGGCCGCCAGAGGUGUCGGCUGGGCGACGGCUCGACUGGCGUCAUGUGCAGCGACCGCGGCAUCAAUCCGAUGCAGGGGGCAACGUCUUCGCUUGGUUUCCGGAUGGGUGACCGGAGGGACGCUGCGCGGCCACUCGCCAGUGCCCAGGUACUCACUCAGUCCGUCAUGGUUGCCACAGGCGGCGACAUGCAAGAAGCGGCCAGAGAAGCCACGCGCGACAUCCAAAAUCAGAUACAGCAGGGCGGCCAGUCGGCGCCCAGGGACUCCCCAGUGGGAGUCUUCAACCUCAACUUCCGUUCCAGUCAGGCAGUGCAGGAACUCGGCCUGCAGGGCCUACGGAACCAACUGGCACUUCAAGCCCUUAACGAGCAGGGUGGCGGAGACAUGGUGCAGCUCGUCUCCAGAUUCAACAAUGAGGAGGCUGGUACCAGCGCGUUUCCGGCGCAGCCCACACUCCUUCCCAACUGCACCGUGGCGGAGCCCAUCGUCUGCCGGAGCAGUAUCUACCGCACAGUGAACGGAGAGUGCAACAACCUGCAACGUCCGCGCGAAGGCAGUGCGCUGACUGGCUUUAAACGGCUGCUCGAGAGCACGUUUGAUGAUGGCUUCGCAUCCAUCCGCUCCCGGAGCGUGACAGGCCGGCCGCUGCCAAGUCCACGACUCAUCAGCGAGCGCGUGGUGGAGACCAUUUCGAGCGAACUCAACGGCUUCACCCUGUCCGUGAUGCAGUGGGGCCAGUUUGUUGACCACGACUUCAACCACGCGCUUGUCUUCAACCUGGGCGCCGCUGGCAGCAUCGAGUGCUGCGAGGAUGACGGCCGCACGCUGCCGACAACACCCCUGCACCCGCAGUGCAUCCCUAUCCCCAUCCCGGUCGACGACCCGUUCUACAGCCGGUUCGGCCAGCGCUGCAUGAGCCUGGUGCGUUCGCUGCCGGCACCGUCCCUGGACUGCAUCGCACGCCCUUCUACGCCCAUCAAUGAGCUCACCUCGCACCUGGACGCUUCCAACCUGUACGGCAGCGAGCAGGAGGAACAGGACGGACUGCGUACCUUCAGUGACGGCCUGUUGAUCACCUCCAACAACAACCUGCUGCCACUCUCCAGUACGCCAGCCCGCCAGCGCACCACGCCGCGACCCACCUUCCGCCCCGGUCACCGCCGCCCGUACUCCAGACUCGGGAAGCGAUCAGCACGUCAACGUCGUCAGGCCGCAAUACAGGAGCCGUGCGUGAACGACGCCAGCGUUUGCUUCCGUGGUGGUGAGUCGCGUGUCAAUGAGCAGAGCGCCCUGACCGUCAUGCACACCAUCUUCACACGUGAGCACAACCGCGUGGCAGGCGCACUGAAGCAGAUCCACCGCAACUGGGACGACGAGAAGCUGUUCCAGGAGGCGCGGCGGAUCGUGAUCGCCGAGUGGCAGCACAUCAUCUACAACGAGUGGCUGCCAAUCAUUGUUGGGUUCGACUACGCCCGGAAUCAUGACCUGCUGCCGAUGACUUCCGGCUUCUCCACCUUCUACGAUGAGCUUGUAGACCCAAGCGCAUCCAACGAGUUUGCGACUGCUGCCUUCCGCUUCGGUCACUCAUUGCUGCGUGACAUGUAUCACCUGAUCAACGCUAACGGCGACAUCAUCCAAUCUGUUAAUGUUACGAAGACGUUUUUCAAUCCGACUGUGGUGGGACAGAGAUUCGUCGAGCACGCGCGGACUCUGGUGGCCACGCGACCCGAGACAUUCGACGCCAACGUCAUCAGUGGUGUCCAUGAACAGCUGUUCACGACCAACUUCCAAUUUGGAUUGGACCUGAUCUCGCUCAACAUCCAACGAGGACGUGAUCACGCAAUCCCCACGUACGUGACCGUGCUGAAGGCCUGCAGGGGCGACACCGUUUCCAGCUGGGGCGACCUCAACCGCCUUAUGAGCUCCAGGGCCAUCGACCAGCUGCGCUCCCUCUACGAUGACCCACAGGAUGUGGACCUCUUCAUCGGCGGUCUGGCUGAACGGCGAGCCGCUGGUGCUCAAGUGGGGCCCACCUUCCAGUGCUUGAUCGGACAACAGUUCUUCGACGUUCGUUUCGGAGACCGCUUCUUCUACGACAACGGCGGCUUUCCGCACAGUUUUACAGCCGCCCAGCUGGCGGAGAUCAGGAAGAGCAGCUGGGCGCGCAUAAUGUGCGACACGCUUGGUCCCGAGUUCGGAAACGACUUCACGCAAGUGCAGCCGCUGGCGUUUGUAGAGUAUACGGUGGGACCAAACGGAGUAAGCUCAUGCAACUCGCAGGCUAUUCCCAGUAUGAAUCUAGCGGUGUUCUAACUGACCAGCGAACUCGCCUGUCCGUCUGUUCGAUCCCGAAUUGUGUGCACGAUCGCGCACACGUCAGCUUGGGGCGCGUUCGCUGUGAUGCUAUGAAGUCUCACGUGAGAGGUCGCGACGUCAACAGAUUCCUGAUGGCGCCUGACGAUGAUGAUGCUUAACAGAUGCGCAAUUCGGAUAUUGGCAGCAUUCGUACUGAAUUCGAUUAUGCAUUAAAUAACAGCCGGCUAGACAUUUUAAAAGAAUGAGAGUAGCCUCACUGCUCGUACAGAAGUACGCGUGAAUGUUUUGGGGACAAAAAUAAAUGCAUUUUAGGCACUCACUAAAG